GGCUUGCUUUCAGGUUAGACAGCGUAGUGCAAGUUGCAGUAGGGAUUGGUUAUAGUCGUGUCACGAAUUUGUUAUUGUGCUGAGUAACAUCUGUCUGUAGACACAGCUGCGGCUAAAUAAAUAUUUUAGGAACUGUUUACAAGUGUCUCGUACUCACAGGAACGUCAGGCACUGCUGCAAGUUGCCCUUUACGUGAGAUGGAACAGAAGAUGGCUAAGAUGAGGCCUGCCGCACGAUUCUACCUGCUGUAUUCGUGGUCACUGCUACUGGGAUUCAUUUGUGUCCUGUCUGUUGUGUACUGGAGCUAUAAGUGGCAUGGUGGUUUUGCUUGGGAUGGAACACUCCAGCACUUUAACUGGCACCCAGUGCUUAUGGUUACUAGCCUUGUAAUUCUCUACGGCAAUGCUAUCAUCAUUUACCGUAUUCCCUCCUCUCAGUCUGGAAGCAAACUGCCCUGGAAGAUCCUUCAUGCUGGAGUGACGCUGGUGGCUUUAUUGAUGUCUGUUGUGGGUCUGGUUGCAGUAUUUAUGUUUCAUGCUCAAUCUAAGAUACCACACCUCUACUCUCUGCAUAGCUGGGUGGGUUUGUCAGCUGUCAUCCUGUUUGCAUGUCAGUGGUUGUCAGGGUUCAUGUCCUUCCUCCUUCCAUUUGCUCCACCCUGGUUCCGGAGACUCUACAAACCCAUCCACGUGUAUUAUGGGAUGGCAAUUUUCAUUUUGUCUUUGGCAGCAUCUUUUAUUGGUAUCAAUGAGAAGCUCAUCUUCAGCUUAAAUGGCAAGAAUUCAACCUCGUACUCCCUUUUACCACCAGAAGGCCAGUUUGCCAAUGUCCUGGGAAUGCUGUUGAUGGGAUUUGGGUUCACGGUGAUGUGGAUUCUCAACAGUGUGCAGCGCCAGCCUUCAGUACCAGAACAUACCGAGGAUCGACAGCCCCUCCUGGAAGGUGAUGACUGAAAUAGAAUGACCUGCUUGUUAGUUUUGAUGUUGCCAACGCCAAGAAAAACAACUUCAUACCAUAUACAAGGAAAAGAAGGAAGUGCCUCAGUGUGGUUUCAUCACAGAUGAUUGUGCAUGUCUGUCAGCACUUAACAAAUGUACAAUUUAUUGCUUUGGCACAGAUUGCUUCCUUCUGCUGCUAAGAUACUUCUUUGCUGGUUCCAGUGCUCAACAGUAAUGGGUUGAGUUUAAAAUGAAGUCUCAUCACCAAGCACUAUGCAGGCAGCAACAGACUAAAUUCCAUCUUAAUUGAAACUGUUGUCUUCUUCUCAAGUACAUGCAGGCAUCUGGCUAAGUGAUAUGCAUCAGCUGAUUCUGCAGAAGAUGUCCCAGAGUUAUACAGUGGAUAUAAAAAGUUUACACACCCCUGUUAAAAUUCCAGGUUUUUGUGAUAUAAAAAAU